UCAGUUGUGACGGUCAUCUCUUAGAUAACGACACACUCGUCGUAUGUUUGAGAAAUGUUGACACCCUUUAUAAUAUUUUUUUUGUUCCGUUAUUUGUCAUGUGAUAUCAAUAUAAUCAAUUAUUCGUCAACAAAAAUGAUAACACUUAACAGUACAACUUCUUAUUUCGGAUAUUCGAUUCUUCUUCAAAAAGGCAACCCUCCAAUAGCCAUUGUUGGCGCCCCACGAAGAAAAUAUUCCGGUAAACCGACAGGUGCUGUAUUUAAAUGUAAUCUAGAAGAUCUAAAUUGUCAAGAAUACACAAGAGUUUCACGAGAACGAGGGAUUUACCCUAUCGGCAAAAACGGGGAUCUUUUAGGAUCAGUGUUAGAUGGAGAUGAGGAUAGAGGAGGAAGUUUUUUCACAUGUGCGCCUAGAUUUAUCAUAAGUCCCAGCUUUGACACAUAUUUUACAAAUGGAAGAUGUUUCCAUGUUAAAAACUCACAAAAUAUUCAUGAAAACGCCGAACUUUUACUACCACUAAACGACAUUAACCAGAUUGGCACCGAUAAUUUUGCCCCUUUCUAUGACGCUGCAUUUGGAGAGUCAGGUUUCAGUAUAAGAUUUUUAAAAGAAAAAAAUGAGCUGAUAAUUGGGGCCCCUGGUAAGUAUAAAUGGAACGGUGCCCUGCUCACCACUAGUGAGUCUCAUUCUACACAAAUAUACCCAAAACGGAGCAACAAGUUUACCUCUCUUGACCAUUACUAUGGGUACGAUGUUGCUUGGGGGCGGUUUGUAAAAAAUUCAAGUGAGAUAUGGUACGUGUCUGGUGCCCCCAGAGGGUCCGGGCUUAAAGGCAGUGUCAUUUUUUACGGAACAAACCCGCACGACUUCGAAAUUAAGUCGGUGCUUUUUGGGGAGGAAUUCGGAUCGUACUUUGGUGCUUCCCUACUGGUGCUUCACUAUGCAGGAGGGGGUGACGAUAUUUUAGUCGGAGCACCAAUGCAUGCUGGGGAUUCCUGGGAUGAGGGGUGUGUUUAUUAUUACAAGAAGAAUGGCGGUGGACCCUAUUUCCACCCUCCUGUAAAACUGUCAAGGGGAGUUUCUUCGUCACGAUUUGGGACAGUUUUGGCUGAUUUGGGAGACAUUGACCUCGAUUCUUUCCCAGACUGCGCCAUUUCGGCUCCGUACGAAAAUUACGGCACAGGAGCCGUUUAUUUGUACUUUGGCAGUAAAGAGGGAUUUUCGAACGAUAACUAUCAACGCAUUGUGCCUUCGAAUUUUGCUCCGUUCUUUCCCCCAAUGGAUGUAAAGGGUUUUGGGCUGGGAAUAUCCAAAGGCGUUGACACAAAAAAUAAAAAACACAACGACUUUGCAGUCGGGGCGUAUAAAACCGGCCAAGUUUUUUAUUUCCAAUCUUACCAAAUUGUUGAUAUCACACCUGAUAUGACCCCAAACAUAUUUACUUUGCACACUUCUACCACGAAUUUUUCGGUCAAAUAUUGCCUGACGUUUACUUACAGAAAUGGAAAAACCAAAAGUGUGUCUUUUGAUACGAGCUUAGUUUUGGUAGAUAGCAGGGUUGUAAAUGAACGCAAUGUUACACAAAGUGUUACAAUUGAAGCAAAGAAACAAAAUUGUAACCAUCACACCGUUCGUUUAAAAAAAAAUCAUUUAAACCUGGAAGCUCUCACCAUCCGUUUUUUGUAUAAAAUACAGCAACAAAAUAGUUGGUUAGAAAAAAUAUUAAGUCUACCAAUGUCCUACGACUGCGGGAAUGACAACAUCUGCCAAACUAACUUAACAAUCACCGCAAAACAAACCGAUCCAAAAAUAAUAAUACUCGGAGUCAACAACGUACUAAGAAUGAACGUUUCAAUUAACAAUUUUGGGGAACCAGCAUAUCAAACCAAACUUUACUUAAACGUUCCACCGGAAAUCACCUUGAUCAAUUUGAGGGAAUGUGAUUUUAAAAACGGAAGUUAUGAGUGUUUGGUGGCACAGUUAUUGAAUGAAACGGUUGAAAAACACUUCUUGCUAGAUUUGGCCAACAUUCAGCCCCAGUGGACCUUCUUGCCCAUUAAUUUUACCAUUACUAGCAUUGGGCAAGACGUCUAUCCUUCCGAUAACAAGCUCGAGUUGAAUAUUCCCAUCACGACUCAUAAUAAUCCUCGAAUUACCAGUGUCUCACAACCCGACAAUAUUUUCCUAAAUGGAACACGACGUUUAAACAUCACUCAUCUCUUCUUUGUGGACAAUCAAGGCCCGAGUCCGCUUAAUCUCACUUUGGAAAUUUACAUACCACAAGUAAACCUCAACGGAAGUGCUGUUUUCGAAAUCGAAAGUGUUGAAGAGUCUAGUAACGAGAUUGUGAGCGAAUGUAUUCAUUUGGACAAAAAACCACCGCUUGACUUGGCUGAAGGAAAAAAUCAGGCCAAUAGUACGAAAGUUUUGAGCUGUUUAGAGCCAGAAAUUAAUUGUACAAGUGUUAUUUGUGGGACGGGAUAUUUGCAAAAAUCGAGCCAAAAUCUUGUUUUUUCGGUAAAAAUAUUUGUCCACACUGAUUCUAUAGCACAAUUAAUUGGUGACAAAAAUAAGCUGCUUUUGACAACCAGUGCUUAUUUCACUAACGGGACAAAAAUGUUUUCCACAUCGACAACAACCCAAAUUUAUGGAAUUUCAAAAAAUGUGAAAAUACCGCUGUGGAUUUAUAUUUGUUCAGUCGUCUUGGGACUUGUCUUGUUGCUACUAUUAAUAUUCGGUUUAUAUAAAUGCAACUUUUUCAAGCGCACUUAUAAGGAAAAAAUAGAAAGUGAGAGAAUUUUCGAUGAUGGUGUCGCUCAAUUUGAGGUACCGUCUCAUGAUGAAGGUCCCGAGAUUGUUGACGACUGUUAGUAAAACUUUUAUUAUGUACAAUAAAAUACAACACUUUUUAAAUAUGCUGAUGACUGUGUGGGAGAUUAGUGACUGGCGUCCCCAAACUGCUCUUAACCCUCCUGAGCUUGAUCUUGUCCCUAAUUUGCAAAAGCCUGGAAGACCUGUCGGACUCCUUCCGGUGCACAGGAACCUGGGUGUCCAUGUGUUUCACUCUUUCUCUCUCCAUUUGAACCACCGAGUACAGGUCGUAGACGAAAGCCGAGGAUUUGGGCACUGGACUGGCCAAAGCCGAACUGGGAGUCCUGAACAUGGACGUGUGCUGUUGGUCCCUUUCCUCGGGCGUGUCUACGUAAAAUUUGGGCAUGGAUUGUUGCCUGAUUAUGGGGAUUUCCUUCGGCUGGUCGAUUUUCAAGUACAGACUUUUCGAUAAACGUCUUUCUGCCAAUGACCUGCGCCGGAUUUCCGGGACGAGAUUCUCGGGCUUCAAGGUUUCCAGUUUCGGUUUGUCGACACUGUCGCGGGGCUCAGGCUCCGGGUUCUGACCGGAGUUGCCCUGAAAAAAAAUCCAACAUUGAAUAAGAUAUGAAAUAUUAAUAUCACUAAGGACAAUGGUUGUUGUGUAACAAAGCGUAGGCUGGGAAUGGCUAUCUAAUAUUUUUCUCAACAUUUAAACAAUUAUAAUAAGUAGACGGAGUUGUUGGCUUAAAUGUUUGUUGGCAGAACUGAACAAUUGGCAAUCCUUUAUAUCAGGUGUCGAAAUUUAGAUUUUUAGAUUAGUUAAAGGGUAAAUUGCUCAAAAAUUGCGAUAAAUUUUUUCUAGUUGAUAGGACUGAUUGAGGAUAAACAGGAAUGCCACAACAAUAUCUAGACUUUAUUAUCAAUUUCACACAGUAAAUAACACUCACUGUAGUCAACCAAAAUUUUGGGAAGUAUUUUCAUUUUGUGAAAAGCCAAAAUACGAGUACUUAUUUACUGGGCAUUUCAACCCGCUCUUACUUCGUCUUCUGCCCUCUUUUCUGCCUCGAUUUUCUCCCUCUCCUCCUCCUUUUUGGCGGCGUCGAAGAUGGCGGGCACGCUUUUCGAGAGCUUUUCCCACCUGUUCUGCCCCAACUGCUCGUUUUCCCAGCGCAGUCUCCUGGUGGGCUGCUGCACGAUGGGUUUUUCUUCGGGCAAAGGGUCGAUCGUCACAACCGCUCGUCCAGCUAUCACAGAAACGCUAUCAUAAAACGCCAUAUUGUCGAAGAAGUUGUUGUUUUUUUCUUCUUUUUCGGGGACUUCGUACAGAGCUAUGCUUUCGUCGUAGCAAAAGCGCUUUUCUAUGAGGUGCCAGUAGCAUGAUUCCAAGCAACUGUAACAAAAAAUCGGUUUCACUUGACCCGCAUGGAGUGAAAUGGGACAGCCUCACGCGAAGUUGGUCCGAAAAGCCAGCAUCAAAGGCAACAACAUCAACAUGCGACUAAUAUCUACACUGUCGAAGAUGAUUUUUACAUCAUAGAUGGUUUUGGAGAAAAUGUACCAGAUUUUCCACCACCUCCUUACACAGAAACUUGUAAUUCUUAUGGUUUGGAUUUUCCUCCUGAGUACGAUCCUCCACCAGAUUACAGUUGUGUAGUUGAAGUGGAUAGAACCAUUACAACUGAAUCUCGUUGAAAUGAUAUUAGGACCAAAAAAUCAUACAUAGUUUUGUUGAAAACGCUUUUCUGUACUUUAUAAGUAUUUUUAUAUAUAUAUUUUUUAUUAUUUGUUGAGUUUUUCUGAUUGAUUAACUUCUUGUUCCCACCCAAAAGUGAGUGUCCCAACCAAAAGAACCACACAACCUUGAGUUUUGUGUUUAACCCAUGACACGUGACUAACUCAGUUCACCUGUAGCUUGCGCAUUGAAGUGUAAAUAAUAAAGACGUGUAUGUUUCCAAGUGAUUAAUGAAAAUAUGUCGUGUGAAGAAAAAUUUGAGAUUACCACCACAAACUAACUACAUAUUUUGUAUUUUACAGGAAGAUCUUUAUCUCAAUACUAUCUAAUCUGUUGAAAAGAUCUAAUCAGAAUAUGUAUUGGUAGUUGUUGUCUGUAGAUGCAAAAAAAUGGUUUAAGCAGAUAUGUACUAAAUAGUUUGCCAGUACCUUGUACCACAGGACAUUUUAAUUGUUCCCCACAUCAGAUAUUCUUAAAAUAUUUUUUUUAAUCAACAAUACGCUUAAAUUUCAGAUUACAAUGAUUAAUCAUCAGCAGCGAGAAAAAUAAUGGAUUCUGGUUAUUAUGUAUAUGUCUUGGUAACUAUAAUCGUUAUCGCACUCAUGUGUCUCCUAUCAGUUAUAGCUUGCAGAAGGGGUAA